UCGACAACGACUCAACCGGGCAUGUUCCAAUGUGGUUCAUGCAAGAAGAAUUACAAGCGUCUUGAUCAUCUAGCGCGUCACGUGCGCUCUCAUACACAGACCAAACCUUACAAGUGCCACGUUUGUCCAAAAGCCUUCACCAGACCGGAUCUCCUCAAGAGACAUGUCUCUGGCCACGGCUCCCAAGCUGGGGAAGGUUCUGUGUCUGAUCAACCCCGAUUCAUGCCAGGAAGGGUAGGCAAGGCUUGCAAAGCGUGUUCGUCGAACCAUUUGCGUUGUAGUGAUGAGAAGCCUUGCCGGAGGUGCCAAGAGAAGGGCAUUGAGUAUCCAUCCUUGAAUCCAGCGACAGACCCUCUAUCCUUCCAGUUCCCCGACCUCAAUCUGCUUUCUGGCGGCUGGGCCACCAACACCAACGAUGUUGAGAUGUUUUCCUACAAUGAACUCGACGACAUUGACCUACGAUUCCUCGAUUCUUAUAACACGACCAUACCCUUUGAGAUACGGAGUAUCCAACCAACACCACGAGGAGCUCAGACACCGCGCGCUUCAUCACAUACCGACCCCGGCGAGCCAGCUGCCAUGUGUACAGAAGCCUUCCAGAAUUCGCACUGGAAGUUUAGACCCAACGCCAAGGAUCACGCGGGUGCUGAAGAACACAACCUUUCCCUUCCUGCUACCGACUCUGCUUAUCCUUCUCCCGAGUCCGGCGUCGCUUUGGAUUUGAACACGCGGGUCACUUGUGCCAAGCUGGAGGGGCCUGCAAGAGACAGGAUCUUGAUGAUGGUUGUGAGCAGUUGUCGGUCGGAUCAUCUAUCCAAAGCAGUUGCUUCGUUUCCCUCUGCUGAGUUGUUGGAUACCCUCCUUCAGUUUUACUUGACCUCGUCAGUCACACAUGCUACAUCCUUUAUUCAUGCCGCUUCUUUCAAUCCCAAUGAGAAGAGGCCUGAGCUGGUUGCUGCCAUGGCUGCCUGUGGUGCAGUCUUGACUUCAGAUCCAGCACUGACAAAGCUUGGAUAUGCCAUACAAGAAUGUCUGCGUGUUGCUGUAGCCAAACAUUGGGAACGCGACAACACGCUCGUUCGAGACCUCCAACUCACCCAAGCCUUUCUCAUCAUCCUGGAAAUGGGCAUCUGGAGUGGCUUGCCGAGAAAGGUCGAAAUCGCAGAAAGCUUCUUCAAUCCCGUGUUGACCAUGAUGCGCCGCGACGGAAAAUUCAAAAGGUCUGCAUACUCGGAUCACAAAGUCACAUCCCGUGCUUCGCGUCAAGAUUGGCUGGAAUGGAUAGAGCACGAAUCAUUCAAACGCCUUGCCCUACGAAUGCUCUCCCACGACGCAAACUCUUCCACGGCACUGAUGGUCGGCCCGUUAGUUUCAUACGCCGAGGUUUUACUGCCCUUGCCAGGAAAUGCAGAAUUAUGGACGGCUUCAUCUCCAGAGCAGUGGAGUUCGCUGAUGGUUUCGCGCGUGGACAGCGAACCACUUUACGUCGCUGAUGUCAUUGAUGACCCUGACGUUUUGAACAACUAUGCUGGCUCGGUAGAUGCGUACGCCGCGAUACUAGCCGUCCUUUCGUGUACUUGGACCAUGUGUUGGGAAUAUCUCCAGAUCGCUUCCCUACAACGGUCGAAACCACGUCGGUGGAAUACUCUGGUGACAGAGAUGCGCAAAGACGAGUUACUCAAGCUGCUUGGCCAUUUGAAAUUGAGCUUGUCAGCCGAUGCCGCCGCAGACCCCGAGAUCAAGAUGCGUCUUGAGCUCGCACUAUUGCAUCUCCAAAUGCCAUUCGAAGAUAUCCAAAUAUUCGCAGGCAUGGAAGGUACAGAACGCGCCCGCGCGGUAUACCCAAUGGUUCGAGACUGGGCCAAAAGUGAAGCUGCUCGCCACACAAUCUACCAUGCCGCUCAAAUUGUGCAAAUCGCCAAAGACUCCCCCAGAGGCUCCAUGCGCGGACCAAUGGCGAUAAUCCUCUACCACGCCAGUCUGGCCUUUUGGGUCUACGGCCUCUUGUCCGACCAAUCCCGCACGCUGAGCCAGAACGUGUAUCUUGACGACCCUGAUAGUAUCGCACUACAACGAUUUAAGGGUUUCGGACAGGGCCGGCCGUGUAUUAGAUGGCAUUCAGAGAUCCAAGGUCAAGGAGAAAUUAUGAUGAGCGUGUCGUUGAGUCAACCCGACAAAGUCAUGGAGGCUGUGAUGGGGGUUGUUAGGAGGAACUUUGCGGGGUUGCCGACACCGCAUCUUACGGAGAAGUUGGUGCAGCUGAUGGGGGAGUUGGAGAAUUCUGCAAAAAGAAAGAUGGACACUUGA